AUGUGCUCCUCAUCUGCAUCUGGGGCCGACGCCGAGACGCUCGUCUCAUUCCAAAAGGCUCUCGUUGUUGCCGCGGAGGAAGCGGGCGUCAAACGCUUCGUGCCCUCCGAAUGGCCCGUCAUCUUCUACGGCACUGUCAAAUAUUACGGCAUGAGUUGCUUCACCCGCAUGCAAGAUGCCGCGGCACACGUGGUCAAAGCACUCGACGUGCCAAAGAGGAAUAGCGACACGUACAUCGUCGGUGACGGUGUUAGCUACAAGGACAUCGCGGAGAUCGCGGAGGAGGUCACGGACGAGGAGUUCGCAGUCCAGUUAUAG